GAGAGGGCAGUGUGAGGUGCGCCGCCCAGCCGUGUGGAGGUAGGGCCGCCUCGUCUCCGUGUGCCGCCUCCGCUGGUCCCAGCCUUCCUAUCAACACCAGUGAGCGUGUGUCCGUGUAGCUGGUUGGAGGCCGCCGCCGCUCCCGCCCGUCCCACACAUGAUCUACUCCUCCCCAGUCAACAGUGUAUAGCGGCACCAUGGCUACAUCCCCUCUCUUUACCAAGGGACACUGCCCACCAGGCCUGGCCCAUCACCACCGCCUAUACACUCACUACUUCCUCCUCAUCACUCAGUGAACUUUUGUGCUUGAAAUAUUGCUGACAAAAUGCCAGGUGUAUUUUGUGUGCUACUUAAAACAAUAGUAAAUAUAUUUGAGUGAUGGACUAUAACCAUGCGAUCUGGUGCUUUGUGACAAAGGACUGUGUGGACAUGGUGGUGUUAUGGUGGUUGACACGUCAAGCAUUAACUCAACGUCAAGUGAAGAUGAACUGACCCAUCUCAGUAACGAGCAAACACUGACCCUUUACUAUUCAGUUAUAGAAAUGAGCAGAAAUAAAGGCAACUAGGUGAGAAAACCGGAGGAAGUAUUGGUGCGAGGAAAGUGUUUAGUGUUGUGCUUAUUGUGGCUUGUGUUGAGGUAGUGUAUAGGCUGGCCCCUCGUCCUCCCCUGCCAGCCCUAUGUGCUGUGGUGGCCGGGGAUGGCACCUCCCCGAGAAACAUGUGCCGUGACGACGACCAACCACACCCCGCGCUCCUGAUGAUGGGAAGUGACCAGUACUGCCUCAAGUGGAACAAUCACUGGGCCAACCUGAUCCGUGUGUUCAACUCAUUGCUACAGUCUGAAACCUUUGUAGAUGUGACGUUAGCAUGUGAGGGGCGGCACCUGAAGGCUCACCGGCUGGUGUUGUCGGCAUGCUCCCCGUACUUCAAGGAGUUGCUUGUGGCACAUCCCGACAAACAUCCUAUAGUCAUACUUAAAGAUGUUCGCUACUCCGAGCUCCGCACUCUCAUAGAGUUCAUCUACAAUGGAGAAGUUUCAGUGGAACAGCAUGACCUCGCCGCACUCUUGUGCACUGCAAGAGAACUACAAAUUAAGGGUCUGGCAGACAAUCGCCUUCCAGGAGCCUCCUCCCCUCCACAUCCUCACUGUAGAGUGUCUGGUGAAGCAACAAGCCACACACUCACAACUACAACCACUGCCUCUUCCACAAACACCACAGAUUCGACCGCCCCACCACAUGAAGCCAACACUGUAAAAAGUAGUAGUCCUCGGAGAAAAAUUGGGUCAGAAGAUAGACCUCCACCUCCCCUGCAUGCCAUUCAUCCUGGCUUGUCAAUACCAGUUUCAUCCCACCUCCCCACCUACCGAUCUCGACCAACCUCGCGGGAGUCCUCUCCAGUCCACAAGAGACGAAGAGUAUCUACAGGGGGCAGUGACAAUGAAUCUAAUGUUUGUGAAGGUAGCAGUAAGCACUUGAGAUCAGAAGCACCAAACGGACACUUAUCUUCCCACCAGGAGCAUAAUGAUAGGCAGUACACGGCAGUAGCAGGGCCAUCAGGUCUGCGUGUACCGGACCCGAACAGGAGAGAGGACAGCAACAGCAGAGAUUCCAACUGGGAUGCAGACAAAUCUUCACCGUCCAUAACCAAAGUAUCUGGAGGUCAAACAUCCAACCCUGGGGACACGAAAACCUCUCUACACUCAGAAGACGACACCGACGAUGACCGCGGCCCCAUGACAAUCCAGUCGCCAGAAGUAAUCCUGGAGGAGGGAGAGGUUGGUGUGGGAUCAACAGGGCCUCCAUCAUCUGUACCUUCACCAUCUCUAACAGGAAGUGGACUCGGAAACACUUCCAUUACCCCUGCAGGUCUUGGGGGCCCACUUGCCCCCAGUGGGCCCCUCCCUCCAGUGGCGCUUCUUCACCAGGCAUUGGCCUUAGGCUAUCAUCCUCUUCAGCAUUACUUUCCCUCAAACCUCCUCGAGCAACAGCAGCAGUCCCAACAGCACCCUGGAGUAUCUCCUCCCAAAGAACUCAUGCACUUUCUAGAUGUAAUGAAAGCAUUACCGCCUAGUGCUCGGUUACCUUUGCCACUGGGAGGUCCUGCUGGUGUUGGGGGAACUUCUGGUUUAGCGUUAGGACUUCCUGGAGUAUCUGGAACAACAGCAACAUCUACUGCAUCACUGAGUGUGGCUAGGGACAAAAAUGUUGGGGGUGGCAUCACAUGUCACAUCUGUGCCAUGAUAUUACCCUCAUCACAUCAUCUAGAAGAGCAUGUUCGAAUCCAUGAGGAAGAGAAACCAUACAAAUGUGACCAGUGUGGACAACGCUACAAAUACCAGUCUGCAUUUCAACGGCACCAGGAACAAAAUCAUACGGCUAAACUUCCUGGGGAUAAACCAUUUCGCUGUGGUGUGUGUGGUCAGUGCUUUAAGUACCACAAGAGUUUUACUAAACACCGCUCCAAUCAUGAUGCACUCGAUCGAAUAAUGAAAGCAGAAGCAGAAGAGGGUCGACUGGGAUCAAGGGGCAUCCAUGAAUCUUACCUCCAAAGACUUUUGGUUAAUGAAUCUUCAAAGAGUGAAUCUGAAGCUUCUAUAACUUUAAAAGAAGAAGGUUUAGAGACACAGCAGCAGGAAGAAGGAGCUGAGCGGCGGCCGUCCACAUCAAAUCCCACCACAUUUAAUGCUGCCCUUCUUCAAACAGUUAAUCCAGAAAAUGGUGUAAAAAAAUAUGAAGAUGGGGAGGAUGAUGAAGAAGGAGAGGUAGAGGGUGAGGAGGAGGAAGGGGAAUAUGAAGAAGAGAAUAAAGGUAAAUUUGUUUACUGUGUUAAGUGCAAGUCGACAUUCCGAGACGUGGCCAAUUUUGAGGGUCAUUGCCGAGGGUCAACAGACUGCUCACUAGAUACUUUGCGUGAGGUGAAUGUGAAUGAUGGGCCAGGGCUGUCUUGCCCCCCCAGUAUAGCAUCCUCACCUCAAGCCUCACCCCGGUUAUCCCCAAGUAGCGUCUCGGGACCACCUCGCUCUCCUCUCCCAGCCUCCACUCCUAUGGCUAUGCCAUCACCUCCUGCCACUACCACUCCUAUAGGUGGCCUUCCUCCGUCCUCGUCUGUGGCAGUUAGCACUGCCACUGCCAGUACCACCACUGUAACCCCUGGGACCAGCACUCCUCCUGGCCACAAUAGUUUGUUUAAACUUGAUUCAAGGGGGGCCCUAAUGCUGUCCCAAGCUCCUCUUCCCCCAGCUUCUGAUUCACGAGGGGAUGAGGAACGACCCUUCAAGUGUCAGUUCUGUCAGAAAGGUUUCAAGGGCCGAGAAAACCUAAAGCUUCACAUCCGUACUCAUACUGGAGAGAAGCCAUAUAACUGUGGUGUAUGUGGCAAGGCAUUUGGUGGCCGCUCUGAUAUGAAUCGUCACUUGCGCAUUCACACUGGUGAGAAGCCGUACCCAUGUAAGGUCUGCGGAAAGAAAUUUGCUCGCGCAGACUACCUGUCUAAGCACAUUACCACGCACCUCGGGGUUCCAUUUGCUAAGCCAGUGCAUAGUUUGCAACAGAGUCUUCAAAAUUUAGAAAAUAUGCAAAAUCUACAAAAUCUACAUAAGUUACAAAAUAUGUCUAAUGAAUAAUACCAAAAUUUUCCCCAAAUAUUUAAGAAGAUAAAUUUUUAUAUAUAUAUUUACAUUCUUAUAAUAAAUUAGUUGAUAUUGUAAGCACUAAAAGUGCCACUUCUGCUUGUAAAGCAGUUAAAUCAAAGGUUUUGAACCAGUGACAGUAACUGUGUUACAUACCUAGUUUUUUAAAUUUAGGUAUUGAUAUUGUUGUCAUAUUUCUUAUUCUCAAAAGAGAUUAAAACUGUAAGUAGAUGGUUAGUGGUAUAUGAGGGUGAGCAGUCCAGUGGGCACAUCUGCAGCGUUGAGUAUCCUUGUGAUCUAGUCACUGCCCAGAGUUGCACACAGAGCUUCACACCGUCUGCUGUGCUGACCACGAAUAAUAUUUCAAGCCCAAUUACCAGAUUUUUUUUAUCAAUAUAAAUAUCUUGUUUUAGAAUGAUUGGUGCACUUCAGGAGCUACUGUGCUUCCCCCCUCAAUAUUUUUUUUUUUUUUUUUUUUUUUUU